AAUGCCAAAUAAAGAAAACUGUAAGUAGUAUUUCAAUUAAAAACUUAUUCUUAAUUAGGCGUAACAGUGAUUUGGAUUAUAUUGUUAUAGCCACGAAAUCUUAUACCUCAGUGAAAUUUGUAGACAAUAAUACGAAUUUGAUAACAAUACGCGUGCAUCAAUUCGAAUAACGUUAUUGCAGUGAUCGAUCUUUGAAAAUUAAGUGAGUAAGAAAAGAAUAAAAAUCAAAACUUUUAUCCAUAUUAAUUUGAGCUCAAGAAAAAUGGCUAAGGCGGAAGCGACCUGGACAAAAACUGUAGAGGGUGUACUGAAGAACAUCAACGAUGUCCUCAGCUCCUAUGGACUCAUCGAGAAAGAUUCGUCGCUUUUAUCAAACGUGAAGGAUCGAGAUUACAAGCAGCAAAUGGUGGCAGCUCGUUCAGACUUGGAGCAGGAGCUGAUCGCGUCAGGAGGCAGUGGCAUGCUGCUGACGAAGGAGCGUAAGGAAGUCAUUGCCUACAAGCCCACCGACCUCCUACAGAAGCUGCGAGAGGGGAGCAUAUCAGCGGUACUCGUACUGCAGUCAUAUCAGGCCAUGGCAAUCGAAGAAUCGAAACGCACAAACUGCGUCACCGAAUUCAUUCCAGAUGCCAAGAGGUGGGCGGAGAGCUUAGAUGCGGUCAAGUUGGGCCAGAUGUCAGACGUGACUCUACCUCUGCACGGCCUGCCCGUGAGCGUCAGCGACAACAUCUCCAUCGAGGGUCUGGACUGCUCGCUCGGCCUGCGCAAGAGGCUGCGGCAGCCUGCGGACCACGACGCCGUCAUCGUGCAGGUCAUCAAGAGGCUCGGCGCCAUCCCCUUCGUCAAGACCAACACCGCCCAACUGUGCUUGUCGCCAGGCUGCUCCAACCCCGUGUGGGGCGAGACGGUGCAUCCUAUCGACCCCACGCGGGCCUCAGGAGGAGCUUCAGGAGGUGAAGCCGCGCUGAUAGCGGGCGGUGGUUCAAUGCUGGGCUUAGGCACCGACAUCAGCGGGGGGCUACGCACCCCUGCGGGCUGGUGCGGCACGGUCAGCCUCAAGCCCACCGCCAAACGUCUGUCCAGUAAAGGCUGCGUCAGCGCCAUUGAUCCACUGGGCAUUCACAGCACGGUGGGCGUAAUGGGUCGGGACAGUUCCAUCGUAGUUGAGGCCAUCAAGGCAAUACUUUCAGCGGAUUUCCACCAAUACGAGGCCGAAUUGGCGCCUUUACCGUGGAACGACGCUCUGUACAUCGGCAAGGCUAAGAAGUCCCUUCGCAUUGGCUUUUUCGACAGCAUUGAAAUUCUGCCGAGCACACUUGGAGUGAAACGAGCCGUUCGAGAUGUCGUCAACCUUUGCAAAGAACAAGGACACGAUGUUAUCCAUUUCAGUCCCCCCGAGCUGGAAGAAGGUCUGGACUUGUUCAUGGCAUUACUUAUGGCAGACCAAGGGCACUCUGUGCACCCACUCCUGAAGGGGGAGAUCGUCGACUCGGGGCUUGCGUGGUACAAGCAAUGCGCCGCCGUCCCGCCCCACCUCAGGCACCUCGCUAAGCCCCUCAUCAGGAGGCAGUUCGGAGACAUCGUCGCUAAUCACAGCCUGGGCUCGCUGUACUCCAUCGCGGACCUCUGGAAGAAGCUAGCGGAGAGGCAGGAAUAUUGCAACCGCUUCUUGCUGGCCUGGAAGAAAGAGGAGCUUGACUUGCUUGUGUGUCCAGUCUUCCCUUCUCCAGCGGCGCUAAAGGAACACUGCGGCAAACUAACCAUCGCAUGUCUACCAACGCUUCUGUUCAACCUCCUUGACUACCCAGUCGCUACCGUGCCAGUCUGCCGCCAAACGCAAGAUGACGAGACGAACAUCGACAAGUAUGAAGCCACAGAUUACAUCCACGAGCUACUCAAAGAGAGCGGCGCUGGUGCAGAAGGCUUGCCGCUCAGCGUGCAGAUCGUCGCUCUGCCCUACAGCGAAGAGCUACUCUGCCGGGCUGUGGGCGAGAUCACCGAACACCUCAACUUCAAGCUCUGAAAUGCGACGUCGCUGAACAAAAUUCAUGACUGGAUGUUAAUCGUCUUUGGCAAGGAUAGAGUCCCUUAUAGUCCUGCUAUGACUGCCCUUUGCAGUGAUAAUUAGAUAAUAUAGAUAAUAAUGUGUCAUGCGCUGAUAAUUAGAUUUAACGGAAAUGCGAAAUAGGAUUUGGUUUGAUGUGAGUGUGCCAUUAUUUUGCUGGUUACUGUAUUAUGAGUGUGGUGCUAUUUAGCCAGUCAUUUUCAAGAGUUUAAGCCGUGAUUCAGCCAAAUAUUUUUUUGAGUUUAAGCCUUUAUUUAAAUGUUUCUUGUUAUUUCAGCGAAUCGUUUUUCAGAUGGGUAUUAUUACGAGAGUUUGCCGUUAUUUCAAUUUUUUUUUGUUAUGUGAGUGGUUCCUAAUUAUUCGUAUGACUAUUGUAACGUUAGUGUGCCGUAAUUUAGAAAGUUAUUGCAAUGCCAGCGUGUAUGUUAAUCAAUGAUUAUAAUGACGUCAAUAUUUGCUAAUAGUGAUGUGAACGUACGAUAAUAAAAGAUUAUAGUGAAGCGAAAUGGACAUUAAUAAAAAAUUAAAGGGAAGUAAGCGUGACGUUAAUAUAAUAGUAGACUCGGCGCUGGAAAAAUAGGCCCAUGGCCUGUUGCCGAAAAAAUUGUAUGAAGAAUCA